AUGGAGGAAAACAUCAACAGGGAGCGUGAGCAAAGAAAGAAAGAACAAGAAACCAGAGAACAAGAAGAGAAGAGAAGAAAAGAGGAGGAAGAACAACAGAAACAGAAGUGGGAAAAAGAACGAGAAGCUUUGGAGAAAAAAAUCAGAUCAGAAGAAAAGGAAGAAAUUGACAGAAAACUGGAACAAAGCAGAAAAGAGAUGGAAGCAAAACGAGAAGACUGGGAGAGAGAACGGAAAGAGUGGUGGGAUAAGAGAUAUAAAGAAGAUGAAGAGAGACGUAGAGAGGAACAAAUGAGGCUGAAAAAGCUUGAAGAGGAACUAGAACAGGAGAAAGAAAAAUAUGACAUGAAAAGAAAAGAAGAUCAAAUGAGAAGACAACAGGAGGAGAAAGAAAGACAACAUCUGGAAGAAAAAUAUAAGAAAGAAAUGGAAGACAUGAAGAUUCAAUAUGAAUUAGAGGCCAGAAAAAAAGCUGAAGAAUUCAAUGACUUCAAAAUGAAAUAUGAAAAGGACCUUAAAUCUCUGAUGGAAAAACAUGACGAGGAACUGAAGGAUCUGACAAAGAAACAUGAAAAAGAAAUAGAAACUGCAGAAGAGAUACACAAAAAUGAGUAUAAACUAUUACAGGACCUCACAUCUCUGAAAGAAAAGGGUCUCAAAGACAACAUGGCAGCAAAAGAAAAACAACUACAGGAGGAAAGAAAAGAGAAAGAGAAAAUAAAGGAAAACCACAAAAGAGAGAAAGACCCAGCAGAAGACCACAUCUGA